AUGCUUGUGCCGGGUCAUUGGGCUCAUGCUCGUGAGCAGACUCGUGCCGGGGUUAAGAGGGAUGCUCUGAAUGCGACUACAAAUGACUAUAAGUCUAUUGCUUAUUAUGUUAACUGGGCAAUCUACGCCCGAAACCACACCCCAGCCGACAUCGCCAUCGACAAACUGACCCACGUCCUCUACGCCUUCGCCAACAUCCGCUCCGAUGGCGAGGUCUACCUCUCCGACGCCUGGGCCGACACCGACAAGCACUUCCCCGGCGACUCGUGGGACAACGCCAGCCAGAACGUCUUCGGAUGCGUCAAGCAGCUCUUCCUUCUCAAGAAGAAAAACCGCCAGCUCAAGGUCAUGCUCUCCAUCGGGGGCUGGACCUACUCCAGCAAUUUUGUUCAGCCGGCGAGCUCGGAUGCCGGUCGCAAGAAGUUUGCGCAGACUGCGGUUAAGUUGUUGGGCGAUUUGGGGUUUGAUGGGUUGGAUGUUGAUUGGGAGAGUCCCUCGAACGAUAACCAGGCCAAUGAUAUGGUUGAGCUGCUGCGGGAGACUCGUGCCGAACUCGACCGCUACGGCCAGGAACACGCCAACGGAAAACACUUCCUGCUCAGCGUUGCUGCACCUGCCGGCCCAUCCAGCUACUCCACCCUGCACCUGAGCGCCAUGCACCCGCUGCUCGACUUCUUCAACCUCAUGGCCUACGACUACAGCGGCAGCUGGUCCACCGCCAGCGGCCACAGCUCCAACCUGUACCCCUCCACCUCCAACGCCCCCUCCACCCCCUACAACACCGAACAAGCCAUCAACGCCUACCUCGCCGCCGGUGUCCCCUCCCGCAAACUCAUCCUGGGCAUGCCGCUCUACGGCCGCAGCUUCACCAACACCGACGGCCUGGGCCUGCCGUUCAACGGCGUCGGCGACGGCUCCUGGGAGAAGGGCCUGUGGGAUUACAAGGCGUUGCCGGCCGCGGGCGCCCAGGUCGUCGAGAUGGAGGAUGUGGGCGCGGCCUACAGCUACGAUGCUGCCAGCAAGACGCUGGUGAGCUAUGAUACGAUUAAUUCGGCCAGGUGGAAGGCCCAGUAUGUCGUCAGACGCGGGUUGGGGGGCGGCAUGUGGUGGGAGACGAGUGGUGAUCGGAAGGGGGAGGGGAGUUUGGUUUCUGCGGUCGUCGAUUCCUUCGGCGGCGAGGCCGUCUUGGAUUGCGAGGAAAACCAGCUCGAUUAUCCCGUCUCCAAGUAUGAGAAUAUUCGCCGCGGCAUGGCAUGA